UUUGGGCCCCGGGCCUCCAGAAACUCAGGGCCGGCACUGAGCCCACCCCGCCGGCUUCCCUCCUCCGCCUGCCGGCGACGCCCCCACCGACAGCCCACUCCACCAGCUUCCCUCUUCCGCCCGUCCACAUCCCUGCUGCCAGCUGCGCCUCCCCGCCCGAUCCUGUCGCGCCUGAGAGGACGCGUGCCAGGGAGCCGUCGGCCGCCAGAGCCUGGCCUGCAGCCCGGGGGGAAGCGGCGACACGAUGUUGCGCUGCUUGUACACGCAGCGGCGGUGGGCGCACCGCCGGGGGGGCUUCGUGACUGGCGGCACCGGUUGGUCCAAGCCGCCACCGCCGGGCCUCGGCCCCGCCGCGGGGGUGGGCAUGAAGAAGUCGGAGUGGUGGGCGGUGGACGGGGAGAUGCACGAGAUCGGGGAUGGCGUGCCGCAUCGCGAGCGCUUCGCCAUCCCGCGGGACAACCUCCCUAACCGCCGCCGCAAGCAGAUGCGGGAGCAGUUCAUGCGCCGCACCCGCCUCGUUCUCAAAGACUCGGAACACGAAACAUGGUGCAAAAAGUACAUGGAAUUAUACCAAGAACUUAGAGAAAACUGGGAAAGGUUGUACUGGGACGAAGGUUAUUCAAAAAAGAUUGCUGAAUCUCAUGCUAAUUAUGACUCUGCUGAAGAAGAUGAUCUUGACUUCUCGCCAUACAGCAGGAGAAGGCAGUCCAAUGUAGAACCAAACAAGGACCUUGGCUUUGGGGUGAGCAAACAAGGUGAAACGUGGGAAAGGGUUACUCAAAUUCGUGACAAAUUUGAAUAUGACAGAGAAAGGAGAAUGCGAGAACGAGCAUUUGCUCCCAUGAACAUGGAGAACAAUUUUGCUCGGCGUGACCCAAGAUUUAGAAGCCAGGAUGAUUCAAGUUUUGCUCAUACGAACUUGAGUGAUGAUUUUGGCUUGCAUGGUCAAACUUUUGGAAGCCGCCCUGACCGAAGUUACCAAAAUGAGUCAAAUUUCAGGAAUCAGCGUGAUUCAAGUUUCCAAAAUGAACCAAAUAUCAGAAACCAGCGUAAUUUAAAUUUCCAAAACAAACCAAGUUUCAGAAAUCGCCAAUAUCCAGAUUUCCAAAACCAAGGUGACACAAGAAGUCAGGCAUUUGAUGAGUAGAGGGUGACAAAGUGGCUGCUGACUUGCUGGCAACAUGAGCAUGCUUAUUUUGUUGAUUUUUGUGGUGACUUGUGAGAUGUGGUAAUUUAUUCUAAAAUGGUUGGUAGCAGCUUGCAACAAAAUAGAAAGGAAAAGAUCUGCUGUUUUAAACUUUGGGUACUUAUUAAGCCAAAAACAGUAGGCAUUAGAUUUUGGGCAUGCAUGUUGUUGAACAGUUAAAAGUUCGAACAAUGAAGCUAAUUUUCUAGAAUGAGCUCCUUACGUAUCUCAAUAAA